GGAAGGCGGGCCCUGCGGCAACUUGAGAGGUCAAUCAUUCUCUCCACACUUGCUAGUGUGCCAUAGCUCCAGGAUUCGAGCUCGAAACUGUCUUUGCAGCUCCGGGAACUGGUCUUGACCUGCCAAUCACCCCCCUUGCCCGCAGGCAAUAAUAUGGGUUGGAUUCGAACAAAUUCUCGCUGCGUCCGCCGAUCCAGGAAUCCACCUAGUUGUUGUCACAAGGACCAACGGCGGUUCGUCGCCCGGCAGCGAAGUUCUUGUACCACCGUGGAAAUUGCGUUUUACGGAGUGCCCCUCCACUCCACUCCACCACUGUCAUGGUGUGCUUUUUGAUGGCAGGGAAUGUAGCACGUUGGCCUCCCCUUCUUCCUCUUCCUCUUUCACCUUCGCCCGAAGAC